AUUGUCGAAUCUUCCAAGAUCUAUGGCAAAGGGUCCACAAGAGUUUUGACAUCCUACGAAACUGCUGUCAAUGAGUCUUCAGCAAAACUGGCUUUAGAGGAUCCUUCCCUCUUAAUAAAGAGAGAUGUGCUUUAUGAAAAAGCCAAAGAAGUUGUCAGAAGCGACACCAGUUUUUCAUUUAAGAAGGGUAAGUCGAGAUCAACGUUGUCCGGUUUAAUAGAUGAGGAGAAACCAGCCAAGAGGAAGUAUACAACAGAUUCAUACAGAAAAGAGCAUAUCACCAAACUUACGGAAGAUAUUGAUGGCAAGCAAAAACAAAUGAAGUUUAAAAUGUUACAUCAAAGCAAAGCCCAAUCUUCAAAAGACUGGGAGACUUGUGACAAAAUACAAAAAGAAAUGAACACAAUCAGGCAAGAAAUACAUAAGUGUCAGCAAGAGUUACAGUUGUUGCAAAGGAAGGAGAGUAAGUCGAAAUGGUAUAAAAAGAGCAAAAAGUGUGAUGAUGGAGAAGAGAGUACUACUGCUGAUGGGAAGAAACAGAGAAGUCUCUUUCAAAGUUUGAAUCAAGGAAACCUUAAAGAAAAAGGUGAAAAGGUAGAAACAGGAGGUAAAAGAGAGGCUGAUCCUCAGGAAACACAUGCUAAUGAGAGGGAAACCUGUUGCCAGACACAAAUUGCAAACGAAGAGGGCCAGGGUUUUCGGGAAAGCCCCCUCUAGAGACUUCUAAAUCCUAUAGGGGGCUUUAUGAGAAUGACAUUUUGCGGCUGAAAAGUUUUAAAAACUUAUCUAAUUACAUCCAAGUUGAUGAUGUUACUGAUGUUUCCAGAUUAGAGGGAUUCACACUGGAUAAGUACAUACUAACAAAAGAAAACAUAUGUUAUGAAGAACAUAAGCAGCCAUGUACAGCAUGUAUUGGCCUGUUAAGUGUUGCAAAGCAGAUCCUUGAUGAAGGCUUCAUUAAACUGAACGAAGCGUUUGCAAUGUCAACUCCUGGAGUAAAAUACAAGGCAAAAGAUGCAAAAAGGAAGCUGUUGCAGAUGCCACUGGCAGCGCUGAAAAUAAAGGAAAGCAAGACCAACACCAUCUAUCUGGUAUCUAAGGAUACUAACCUGCAACUAACAAGAAGCCUUCUGAAAAGAAAGGAUUGGGGUUCUCAGAAUACUGGUAUGCAAAUGUCUGCAAGCUUAGUGAAGGAACUGCUUUCAGCGACAGAGUCCGAUGCUGAAAGAGAGAGACUAACCUAUGGUAUUGUAAAAUCAUCUGGAUUAAGUCACACAAAAUUGAGGCAAUUAUAUGGCUUUGAGAAUUUAAAACGAAGACAGGACAAGGUUGAAAACGCCUUGCGGGAAAUGAGAGAGAUCAGAGAAGCAGUGGCAUCAAUUGCCAGUAUUCAAGAGAAAGCAGUUUUACAAUCUUUUGGAAUUGAAGUUGAAAGCGAUGAGGAUUUGGAGCAUGAUGAAAGUGAAACAGACACGGAUGCAGACGGUGAGGAAGACAGUGCCUUGAAUGCAGUGGAAAACACAUCUCUUAGUGAAUUGAUCCCUGCCACUUUGAAUGAAUCAGAAGACAGAUUGGUUAGUGAGACUGACAGUGCUUUUAAUGUAUCAGAAAUCGGACUUGCACCUUCUCAAAACACUGACAUAGGUGAUAUGGCUCAUCAGUUCUCCCUGAGCAAAGAAAUAACCGAGUCAGCUUGUUACCAAAAUUCCCACCAGCUAAUGGAUAUUCUUAAGUCUUGUGAGCUGAAUUGGUUUAGCUUUGUGGAAGUCAUCAAGGAGAAAAUGAAAGAUUACUCAAAAGAAGCUAUUGAUCAGUUGCUGCUUGAUUUUAGUGGCCAACUCUAUCUGUUUAAUCUAGACGAGAGGGAAGAACUGAUAAUAGAACAAAGCCGACAAGCGUUUCUUCUUGCUCGGAGGCUUGACGAAAACAACUCUGAUGCAGAUGACGAGGCUGUACUGUCAGAAGCAGAAGAAAUGGAGGUUGAUUGGGGGAAUAUCCAUGACCCACUGCAAAAGGAAGCCCAGUCAGCAAUUAUACAAAAGAUAAGGAACUUGCGCCUUGGUGCGAAGAGAAAAGCUGCAAAAAAGAUUGCAGAGGAAAGAUUCCUGAGGAGAAGGAGAGGCAAGAAUGUCAGCAAGAUCCUAAAAGAGUGUCCAGACAUAGGUCAGACGAUAGAAAAUUAUGUCAAGAGUGCUGGUGCAGGGGCAGACAGUUGGCGCAGGACAGGUGUCCUCACCUUUGAUGGUAAUCGCAAAGUACAGAAGAAACCAACGUUUAGCAGGAUUAAAGAACAUCUAGAAAUGGUAUACAAUAGAAAGUUUGGGUACAGUACAGUUGUUGAACUUUGUGUGGCUAGAAACAAGCGACGGAAGUCAUCCACACGCUAUAGGGGUCUUGCAAGAGUCACAUGCAGAAGGGCAAGAAAAGGAUUCACGUUGAGAUACAGCCCAGACCAGCACUGGUCAGCAGCGUUUUACAGAAGCCUAGAUGCUUUACACCUCAGAGAUGGAAAUGAUAUUCUGAAUAUUAACCGGGAUGACCAAGCAGGUUUUCGUCUUGACACGCUUGUAACACACAACAAACGUGCUACGUUAUGCAUCGCUGAAGAGGUACCACUAACAACCAAGUCAGAUUAUGUUAAUAAAUAUCCAUCCACUCUACAGACUACGUCGUACAACUUCUUGGGUACUGGGACAACUGCUGAAAUUUGUGCUGGCGUUGUGAAAGCCGUACCACUGCACAGUAAAAAUCCAGCUCAACAUUUCAACGAUUUAAAUGAAAUUGAGACCUAUCUUGAUGUGCAACCAGCUUUUUUUAACUGUCUCUCUGGCGAGCGAAAGACGAAAGUUUGUGUUCGUGUUGAUGGCGGCCAUGACGAGGGCCCCACUCAUAAGGAAGUCCAGUUUUGGUGGACAUGCUACCAUCUUGAUAAAGCCUCUCGAGUUCUCAUUCUCACCACGCGAGACAGUGGCUCAAGUAAUAAAAACAGAGUAGAGCUCCAAAAUGGAUGUCUUGCACUGGCCCAUUCUAAUUUAUUCAUACCAUCUACCUUAAAUGGUUCUUGUUUGGACUCACAAAGUGGUAAUGUAGAUGAAGGCAAAUUAAAGCAAAACCUCAGUGAUGCUAUUGAUGUGUACAUAAGCCGGGUAAACAAAUGUCCGUGUGCUGAUACAGUUGUACAUCUUUACAAAGGUACAGAAAGCUCAGAAAUCCAAGGGUUGAGAACAAUGGUGAAAACAUUUCUCAAGGGGAAACCCAGUUUGAAGAAAAAGCUCAAGGAAGAGCAUCCUAAGGAGUAUCAGAGGAUAGAAGAUGUGUGGAACCUUCGAGCCCGUCACCUAGUUCCUGGUUUACCAGAUAAGUAUGUCUUCCAUUUAACCUGCUGCUACCAAGAUGAGUGUAUUCACCCUCUGUGCAAAGAUGGAAGGCCAGCUGUUGAACCAACUUGGUACCCAGGAGGUCCUCCUCUCAGCUUCACCCCUCUUCCUGUGCCAGAUCCAAAGAGGUAAAACAAAUGAAGAAUUUGCUAUUUUUAGUGUUGUAUGACUUGGUCAAUGAAGAAGUGAUACAAAACACUGUAUACGAAAGUAGAAAUUGAAUAUGUUUUCCUCUUUAUAGACCCUAUGGCAAUCUAGCCUGUAAGGAGUGUAGUGGAUUCUGCUCUGGCCAUUAUAUGGUGCCUGAAGAGUUGUUUGCCAGACAUGCUGAUAAAACCAUCAAAGCGGUUCAGCCUCCUACAGAAGUAUUGAAAGAACUCUUUAACAGAAGAGACACUGAAGUUGCUGCUGCUGACGUAUUACUCCCCCAAAACGAGGUAAGUUGUUGUUGCACAUAUUUAGACUUUUGUUUUUGUUGUGACUUUUUUUCUAUUUCUUUCUGAAGGUAUCCAUGUGGUUCCAACAUCUUCAAACUGUCCAGGAUAAUCGGAAACGUGGUGCAUCAAAGGCAGCCAAGACGAGGAGGGAAAGAGGAUUGAACAAAAAGACAGAGAAUCAUAAUACAGAGGCUAGUUACUUUAUUGUCAGUGCAGUUUUGGACUCAUUUUAGAUUGGAAGUAUAUGUUUUUCAAUUACUACUAGUUUAAAAAUCAUGGCUUGUGAGUAGUCUCCUUUUGUAAUUGACAGGUCUGCCAAAUCUGCAAGAGUGAGGAUCCUGAUAAUGCCCAAGAACAAGUCCUGUGGAUACAGUGUGACACAUGUGACAUGUGGUACCAUCAAGUUUGUGUUAGAGCAUCUUGGCCACCUUUAUUAUGCCCUGCAGAGGAUGACAUUUUCUGGCACUGCCUCUCUUGUGUUGCAGUGAACACUAUGUGA